CGCUCGCCAGUUCAGCGCCGACUCUUGCUAGGCGAGGUUGCCCGGCGGGAACGCUUCCAGACCCCCGCCACGAGUAUCCAGAGAGAGAGAGAGAAACAAAACAAAACAAAAAAACAAAAUACUCAUCGCUCUACAACAAAUAACAAACAACAAUGAAAACGACCAGAACCACAAGAGCAACCGGCGUCCCGUGAUAAACGAAAGCGGAGAGAGAGAGAGAGAGAGAGAGAGAGCGAGAGAGAGCCAUGAAAACCGGGCCUUUCAUUAAAGGGAAGAGCCGAUCUCUGCCGCCCUCGCCGCCGCCGCUCAUAACCGCCCCCCCGAAAGCGAACAUGAAACCCGCCUCCACCCGGAACUGACGCACCUAAACCCACCCGUUAUCGAGGUCUAAAGAUUCCCAUAGACCUUGCCCGUUAUAACCCCCUCCCCCCCCUGGAUUAUGAUCGGAUAAACAACCCUCGAUUCGAAUUAACAUCGGAGCUGCGGGGGUAUCAACCGGCCCUAACAACCCGCCGUAACAGAUGCGUCGGCGCUGUCCCUGCCCGGGCGCGGCCCAGCAGGCGCUCCUGGUCUCCGCCGCGGUCAUGGCGCUCACACUCUACUAUCGCGCCCCUGCCGCCGCCCCCCGGCACACCGCGCCCUUCCACACGGCCGCCCCUGCCGCCCGCGCCGACCCCGCCCGCCCUUCCGCAGGCACCGAGGCGGCCAGAGCGAAGGCGGCGGCGAGGAAGGGCGGGCGAGCUGGCGUCCGCGCGGGCUGGCGGGACGAGGCGGCGGACUUUCCCAUCUCGCUGGAGCGCGACACCGGCGAGGACUCCUUCGCCAGCAAGAUGAUGAUGGCGCUCGAGUUCUUGACGAAGGAGAAGAAGCGGAAGGCGAAGGCGAAGGCGACGACGCCUCCGCCGUCUGACCCCGACCGCAUGGCCAGCACGGGGUCUUCGAUGGCGCCCUCGAACCGGAGCAACAAAAAGGAGACCACGCAAGCAGAGGACUCGAACCCGCGGCCGGACCCCGGGGCGAACUCGACUCCCAUUCCCGACCGCAGCGGGAGUCCGGCCGCCGAGCCAGCCGCGAGUCGGGACCCGCAGACCCGGGCGACUCCCAGCGCCUCCCAGCCCAGCGGCCAGGCGUGCCGCGUGUCCUUCCCGCCGCUGGACCUCUGCGAGUGCAAGAGGGAGAUCCUGGCGCAGGGGGGAGCGGCGUGCCCUGCCACUAACAGCGGAGGAGAAACGACCCCCCACGCCCUGCUGGCAGCCCUGAACCGCACGCUCGGGUCCUCCACCUGCAGCGACGCAGCCACGCUCAGGGGCGCCAACCAAUCGGUGAUCAGCAUCUCCCUCUUCGGCGCCUUCCCCAGCGACUACCACGACGGGCUGCCGGUGGUGGUGGCGCGGGCGGCGGAGGCGUACCCUGGAUGGGCGGUGAGGGUGUACCACGACCUCGACCUGGCGGGGGAUGCCAAGGCGAGGGCGUGGGCGUGCUCGCUCGUCUGCAGGUUCGCCCACCUCGACUUCUGCUCCGUCGCGUCCGUGCCAGGUAUCGGUGACCUCCGCCCUACGAUCGGCACCAUCUGGCGUCUGGCGGUGCUCGGCGACCCCUUCGUGCGCAGGUUCGUCAUCCGGGACAGCGACUCCCCGAUCCUGCAGCGGGAGGUCGACGCCGUGAAGGAGUGGGUCGACUCCGGGAAGUGUUUCCACAUCAUGCGAGACAACGCCGCCCACACCAUGCCCAUCAUGGGCGGCAUGUUCGGCGGCUGUGGCUUCUGGCAUCGCGAAGUGUUGGAACGCAUCCGGGGGACGGUGUUCCGCUUCUCGCGCAAGGAGAGCCACGCCAGCUACUACGACCAGGUCAACGAGGUGCGGUUCCUGUGGCCAACCAUCCAGAAGAGCUUAAUUGCGCACGACUCCUACCUGUGCAAGUACUUUCCGGGCUCUCGACCCUUCCCCACCAGGAGAGUCAACCGCACCUUCGUCGGCAUGAGGAGAUAUCGUAAGGACUUCAAGGGCGACAUGGUAAAAAUACCCUGUCCCGUGGCGUGUCGGCCGCCCAAGCACAAGGACUGGGAAUACUGUUAGUUAAUUGUGAGGUGGCACUGUGAUAUUUUUGGUGGGGGGUUACCUGCAUGGUAAGGUACUCCAUUCACUCUUACAUGCUUUUGACAUUAUUUAUUACUGAAUUAUUGAUAGACGCUGUAAGACUUGUAAGCAUGUAGCUAUAUAUAUGUAUAUCUAUCAAUAUUGUAUGUACCGUUUCCAAUA